UAAAGCCGGCAAAAUAAAAAUAAAAUAAAAUAACAAAAAUCAACGUAGAAGCAGAGGUUAGGGGUUUUGGGGUCCGCGAAAAACCCUCCACUUCUUUCAGAGUCGGAGCAAAAUGGAAUUCUGCCCAACUUGCGGGAAUAUGCUGCUCUACGAACUGCCUCACAUGGACCGCCCUGCAUCAUUUUCAUGUCCGACAUGCCCCUAUGCAUGCCAAAUAGAGACCAAGGUUAAGAUCAAAAGGCAUUUACGCCUGGUUAAGAAACCGAUAGAUCCCAUUUUCUCUGAAGAUGAUCAAAAUAUUAAUUCAAACAAAACCACAGGGGUGUCAUGUCCCGACUGCAAUCAUGGAGAAGCUACUUUCUUCCAAGUCCAGACAAGGUCGGCUGACGAACCUAUGACAAUAUUUUACACAUGCACAAAGUGUAAACGCACUUGGACCGAGAAUUAGAGUUCAACUGAGUUCAGCUAUAGUUUUUAUUUGAAUUGGAUGAUACAUUGUCUGCAUUGAGAAUAAUUUUGUUGCCGGUAUCAAUAUUCGCAUGUAGGCUGAAAUAAGUUGUUUCAUGCUUCUCCAUAGAUUACGAACUGACAUUUCAGUCGUACAUGAGAAAAUAUUGGAUGAUAUUAAUCGAUCGCUCGUGCAAAAGAUGUCUCUUGUUUUAUGUCAAA